AAUCAAAUAAUAAUAAUAAUUACAAACUAACAAAAAUGGGGAUUCCUUUCAGUUGCCUUGGAGUUGGUGCUGCGUCUUGGAUAGCUUCUACUGUUGCUUCUUGUUUUUCUGCAGCAGCCUGUACUUUAGCUUUUAAAUCAUGUAAUUGCAAUAACUCUAUUGCUACAAGGGUCGGGUUUGCGAUAAUAUUUCUUUUGAAUUCCAUGUUCUCAUGGAUAAUGUUAUCCGACUGGGCAAUUAGACAACUAGAGAAAGUGACUUACGAUUACCUACACCUGAAAUGUAAAGACGAUGGAUCUUGUUAUGGAGUGCUUGCAGUACAUCGUAUUUGCUUUGCGCUUUCAUUGUUCCAUUUCUUUUUGGGACUUUUAGUAAUUGGAGUCAAUGAUACCCAUGAUAAGCGAGCAUCCAUUCAAAAUGGAUGGUGGGGACCGAAAAUUUUAUUAUGGAUAACAUUUGUAAUAAUUUCCUUCUUUAUUCCUAAUGGAUUUUUCAUGUUCUGGGGAAAUUAUAUUGCAUUAUUUGGGGCAACAAUAUUUAUAUUAGUUGGAUUGGUAUUAUUAGUAGAUUUUGCGCAUACAUGGAGCGAGAAAUGUUUAGAAAAAUAUGAAUAUGAGGAGGAUAAUCGAUGGAAAUAUAUCCUUAUAGGAUCAACAAUUGCAAUGCUGAUCGGAACAAUUGCACUAACAGGAAUUAUGUAUGGAUACUUUGCUGGAUCUGGAUGUAAACUUAAUCAAUUCCUUAUUACAUUUAAUCUUAUAUUAUGUUUGAUUGUAACUGCUAUAAGUAUUUCACCGAAAGUACAAGAUGCGAAUCCAAGAUCAGGAUUACCACAAGCUUCAAUGGUUAUAAUUUAUUGUACUUAUGUUAUAUUGAGCGCAGUUGCAAAUGAACCUGAUGAUAAUAUGUGUAAUCCAUUAACAAGAAGUAGAGGAACAAGAACAACCACCCUUGUUAUUGGGGCUUUAUUUACCUUUUUAGCUAUAUCUUAUUCAACAUCAAGAGCCGCUACACAAGGGAGAGCAUUAAUUACGAAAUCUGAUUACCAUCCAUUAAAUACAGCUUCGGCUGUGCCUUUAGUGACAAGCCAACCUGAAGGUUUUCCAAGCAAUAUGAGAUCUGAUGCAUUAACAGCCGCUGUUGAAAGUGGUGCUAUGCCUGCUUCAGCUUUAGAUGAUGAUGACGACGAUGAUUAUGAUGUUAAAGAUGAUGAAAAAAAUGGGGUUGCUUAUAAUUAUGCAUUCUUUCACUUAAUUUUUGCUAUAGCUUCUAUGUAUGUUGCUAUGCUGCUUACUAAUUGGAAUAAUGUUACUACUAUUAAUUCUGAUGAAAAAUUAGUUGUUAUCGGGCAAACUUAUAUUGCUGUUUGGGUAAAAGUUAUUUCUAGCUGGAUUUGCAUAUUAUUAUAUUCUUGGACUCUUAUUGGCCCAGUUCUUUUACCUGAUAGAUUUGUAGAUUAUUUUUAAGUUCACAUCAUAUUAAUUAUAAGGGAAACGUAUAUCAAAUUUAUUAUUCAUUAAUCAUUCUAUUUUGAUGUUUAAUUUGUAUUUAAGUAUUUAAUAUUAUACAUAAACAAUAAAGAAAUAUAUUAAUAUCAAUAUUUUCAUAUGAUAU